GCUGAGGGCUUUUUUGACCUUAAAGUCCUCUCUGUGGCGCAAUCAUAGCGCAGUUUGCCUUGUAAUUAUCGCCGCGGCCUCGUGGCGACGCUCUUCCGAUAUUUGAGUCGCCCGAUGGCUUGUUCUGCUCUAACUGUGUCAGAGAAACUGGAGCAUUGGGUGAGAGCCGAAGGGUGCGUGCGCUUGUGUAUGUAUGCGCGUGUGCGUGUGAUGGAGGCAGAGGGGAAAAAAAGAAAAAAAAGUCGCGUGGGUGUUUGGAGAGGGAGAGGGAGGGAGAGAGAGAGAGAGAGAGAGAGAGAUGAAAUGGGAAUAGAGGAAUCCAAGCUGACAGCUUCCCUGAUAGAGCAUGAGUAACUCGGCUCGAGAAGCAGGCAAGCGUUGGAUUGCAGCAGAAUUUUCACUUCGACGUUUUCAAGAGCAUGUUUAGGAUUUAGCUCGGUUUUUUUCGACGGCUUGUGAGCAUCCGAGACGAUCUCUAAAAAUGCACCGGAGAAUCAACUUGGAACAUUGGAGGGAAUUCUUCUUUUUCUGCCUGAUCUUGUCCGCGUCGUCCGGAGAGGUCCGUUACGUCCUCCCCGAGGAGAUGCAGCCGGGUUCUGUCAUCGGGAACGUCGCACGGGAUCUGGGUCUGGAAAUGGGGGAGCUGGGUUCUCGUCGUGCCCGCGUCGUCGCGGACGGAAGCAGCCAGCUGUGCGAGCUGGACCUGUCGUCAGGCGAUCUUUUGAUCCGCCAGCGGAUCGACCGAGAGGAGCUCUGCGCGCAAGGCAGCGUGUGUACCGUCCAGAAUCAGCUUUUACUUCAGGACCCCCUUCAAGCCUUCGCUCUGCUUUUAGACAUUGCAGACAUUAACGACAAUACUCCAGCGUUCGCCGCAGAGGAGAUCAACCUCGAUUUGGUCGAGUCCACAGUUCUCGGGAGACGUUUUCCGCUGGAGAGUGCGCAUGACCCUGAUCUGGGCACGAACUCCGUCAGCGAAUACAAAUUGAGCCCGAAUGACCAUUUUGCCCUGGAAAUGAGUGCCCAAAUAAACGGGAAUGCGUAUCCGGAGCUUGUUCUUAAAAAGGCGCUGGACCGAGAGGCGCGAGCCGAACACGUGCUGAAAAUCAACGGCAUUGACAAGGGAAGUCCAGCCAGAACCGGGACCGCUUCUAUCCGCAUCCGUGUUUUGGACGCCAACGAUAAUGUGCCAGUUUUCAGUCAACGGGUUUACAGAGCGUCUGUUCCGGAAAACUCCGUCACGGGGACUUUGAUAGCCCAACUGAAUGCCACGGACUUGGAUGACAGUCUGUAUGGAGCGAUAACAUACUCCUUCAGUCACCUGACAGACAAGACCAGAGGAGUUUUUCACAUCGACCCGCUGAGCGGUGAAGUUCGCGUGGCGGGCGUCCUGGACUACGAGGAGGCCAGUGCUCACGAGCUGGACGUCCAAGCCAAAGACGGAGGCGGCCAGGCCUCCCACUGCAAACUUCUCAUCGACGUCAUCGACGUCAACGACAACAAACCCGUGAUUGAGAUCAAGUCAGCGUCGGCCGACAUGCCGGAAGACUCCACGGCGGGAACAAUGGUGGCGCUCAUCAAUAUUUAUGACAUGGACACUGGAAAUAGCGGACACGUCACGUGCUCGGUUCCCGACAAUGUCCCGUUUCAAAUAGUAUCGGGAGUGAAAAAUUAUUAUAUGUUGGUGACAGCCGGGACGCUCGACCGAGAGGUUCAAUCGGCGUAUAACAUUUCUGUUACCGCCACCGACUCGGGCUCUCCCCCGCUCGAGAGCGUCAAAGUUUUAUCAAUCGUGGUUCGUGACGUAAACGACAACGCCCCGAUUUUUACGCAGAGCCGGUACACCGCCACCGUCUUGGAAAAUCAACCUGUCGGCACGUUUGUUAUGAAACUGAUAGCGCAAGACGCGGACGACGGUUCCAAUGCGAAAUUAAUGUACCAACUCUCAAAAGAAACCAAUUCAGAUGUUUCCUCUUUCCUUACCAUCAACACGGAAACGGGAGAGCUUUUCACGUCGCGGCUCUUCGAUUACGAGCAGUCGGUUUACUUCCAAAUCACGGUGGAGGCGAGAGAUGGGGGCGACCCCCAGCUCGCCACCAGCUGCACCGUCAACGUUUUUAUCCAAGACCAAAACGACAACGCGCCGGUGGUUCUGUAUCCUGCGCAAGCCUUCGUUGCCGAGGACGUGGUGCCCCUCGAAGCGCCGAGAGGCUACCUGGUGACCAAGGUGGUGGCGGUAGACGGCGACUCGGGCCACAACGCCUGGUUGUCUUACAGAAUCAUCAAAGAAACCCAGCCCAAUCUGUUUACGGUGGGCUUGCACACAGGCGAGAUUCGAACCUCGCGAGCCUUCGUGGAGCUCGAUGAACGGAAGCAAACGAUUGUUAUCGCGGUAACCGAUAACGGGCCGGGUGCCCUGUCUGCCACCGCGACAGUUAGUAUCGCCAUUGGCGAGGGCUUGCCCGUUCUGCAAGAACUCUUCGAGGUGGCCGAUGAACCGCAGGGCAACGAUAACUUGAGGCUCUACUUGAUUGUCGCCCUGUUCGCGGUUUCUUUUCUCUUAAUUCUUUUAAUCGCCGGAGUGUUUUAUUUUAAGCUUUGUCGCCGUAGUUACGUGUACCGCUCCACCGCCGCCGGUCUCCCCGUUUUCCCCACGACAUACUACCCACCGAGUUUCACAGAUUUCAGUGGCUGUGGGACAUUGCUGCAGGAUGAUCGGUACGAUCCCUUUCUGACCACCGGCUCGUGGCGAGGCGACUUUCGCUUCGGCUCGAACACGGACACGGACACGCUCAAGAAAAGGAGCGCGGCUUAUCAAAAGAGCACGCUUCGGCGCACCAGUGCAGACAGAUCUACCUUAAAGGUUCGGGCCGGCCCCUCACAUCCUUGUUAUGUGGUCACUUGAAAAGUGGCUGCAAGGAUUGCACAUGUAGUACAUGUCAAAAGUUGACACACCCCGGUUCCAAUGCUCGAUUUUUGUGAUUUUUAAACCAUUUCUAAACUUUCUAAACUACCAUUUAUGUGACCAAUAACCAAGACAACUCAAUUGAAUCAAGAACAUUACAUCGUUUCGAGAGGGAAGUAAAAAUAAAUGACUAAAAUGAUGUGCUUGCAAAAGUGUGCACACCCUCCUAUACUGGGUUUCGGCUGUGUUUAUAGUUAAAAUGUAUGUUAAAUGGGAGUCACGAAUUAAAGUAACCUCAAAUCAAGUUCAGGUGUUCGAGUAGGCUUUUUCUAACAUUUGUUUUGCUUUCGAGCAGAAGCCUCUGAAGGGUUUGUGCCGACACGGACUGCUCUUUGGAACUGUUCAUAAUUCCCUCCACCUUGACGAAGGCCCCAGUUCCACUUUCAGAAAAGUAACCUCAAAGCUUGAUGCUUUCACCUCCAUGCUUGGUGGGCUUUUGGUGAUUUUGUGGUUGUGUUAGAGCUAAGCCAACCUUUUGUAAUUAUGGCCACAAGCUUCAAACUUGGAAUCAUUGGGCCAGAACACAUUUUCCCACACGUGUUUGGGAGAUUUUGUCAUCACAGUCUGAUGAAAUCAAGGUUGAAUUUUUUUUGAGCCGUCGUUCCAAAAGGUAUAUUUGGCGCAAACACAACACUGCUCAUCACCAAAAGAACAACAUACCUGCAGUGAAGCUUGGUGGUGGUGGCAGUAUCCUUCUUUGGGGCGUCUGGAACUGGGGCCUUAGUCACGGUGAAGGGAAUUGUGAACAGUUCCAAAUCGUCGUCAGUGUUAGCACAAAACCUCCAAGCUUCUGCUCGAAAGCACACACACACACACACAAAAAAAGUCAGGAAAAGCCUACUUGAGCAACUAAACCUUAUUUGGGGUUAAUCAGAGUUACUUGUGUGUGACAGGUGUGUUCUGUCUCACAUUUAACAUCAGUUUGAAUUUGAUUGGUUCAUUCUGAACACAGGCCCGCCGUCGCCAAUUGUAAGAGGGUGUGCACACUUGUGCAAUCACAUCGCAGAUGUUUGUUUUGACUUCCUCUCUCUAAAUUUAGAUUAAAAAAAACAGUUUCAUUUGAGUUGUACAGGCUAUCGACCACAUUAAUGGUUGAUCGAUUGCAAAUGGUUUACUUUAUCUUGGUGUUUUUUUUUUUUUUAAUUAUUAUUACAAAAAAUGGCAUUUGAACGGGGGUGUGUAGACUUUUUAUUUCCACCGCAUAAGGAAAAGAAAAUCCAAAACGUGUUGAGCUCAAAAUAAUGACUUGGCUAUAUUUUGCCGGCGAGUGUAGUUUGUGAUCACCAAACUGUAAACAUUUCAAUCAAUAACAUGGGCGUCAUAAAAUAUUUUUAACCUGUGAAAUUUCGUUCUUUAUCUAUGCAUGGCAUUAUACACCUUGAAAAUAAUUUUGUGAAACAAUCAAGUGAAAUAGUGCCAAAUUAGCACAAGAACUGAUCUUAAUUGCUUUGUUUUGCGUUUGUUAAUGCACCCAUACUCCUGUACUAUUAAUACUGUAAUUACUUUUUCUUGUAAUAGACUUUGUUGUUAUUGCAUUGCUUUAAGGCACUGAGAUGAUCUCCGUGCCACAAUAUUUUCUCUCGCAUGUUGUAUGCCCUCCAUUUCUACUUUUCUGUCAUUUAUUAUGAUGAAAUAUCUCGUGAGUGUCAUGUGACCGCCAGACUAGCAACACCUGCAAAACAUUCCUCGAACAGCACGACACACUUUGUGAUUUCAGAUUUAGCAGAGUCCUGGUGUGCUUAUUUUUUCCCCUCCUUUUUAAAAUAGAAACCAUGACAAUACUUAUUUUCUUUUCCUUUUUGAAAUGAUAUUUUUACAGCAUGUUUUGGUCUUUUUGCUUCCGCUUUGUCUUGAUCACACAGGUCGAUGCUGUUACCUCUUUAAUCUGCAACUGAAUAAAUUAUGAAAUUGGGAUUUUGUUCACAAAAAAAAAAACCCAACUUU